GAAAGAAGCAAAGACCACGGCUGAAAGAGAUAAUUGUUGAAACUAUAGAUUGUACUCUCCAUAAACGGGAAAAUGAGCUUUUUACGUAGCUCGUUGCGGUAUGCCCACACCAAUGGAUACACAAAUCUUUUGUACACGCCCAAGGGCGAGUACAUCAUAACUUGCGGCUCUGACGGCGACAUUCGCCGUUGGACUGAUGUUUGUGACGAUGAUCCUAGCUCGAAUUGCCUGGGCGAGUUUGUCAUGUGCAUUGCCUACACGGGCUCUCGGGUGCUGGCAUCCACUGAUCGCAAUACAGUCCAGGCAUACACCUUUCCUGACAUGGAAAAUGAUGGUAUUUUGAUACGUUUUACUGCUCCGGCCACAUGUCUACGCGUUUGUGGUGAAUACACGGCUGCAGGCAGUGAGGAUACGACCAUUAAAGUGAUACGCGGGGAAAACACGGGCGAGGAAGUUAUUCUUCAGGGGCAUACUGGACCUGUGCUGGCCCUGGAUUUGUAUCCCGAGCGCCAAAUGUUGGCAUCUGUCGGCGGCGACGGCUGCCUUAAGGUAUGGAACGUUGAAAGCGGUGUAGAAUUGAAGAAUAUUGAAGGCCUGCCUCACGUCAAUAGCUUUGAGAGUGCCAUCUUGUAUGGAACGCCCAGCUUUGAACCUCUGCGCGGCGAACAGUUGGCUUAUGCUUUGGACAAGGAGAUUGUGGUGCUGAACACGUCCAGCUGGGAAGUAGCCUACAAGCUGCAAGACGAACGCGUUUCUAGCAACUACAGUUGCUGUCAGUUUUCGCCGAACGGCCAGCGCUUAGCCGCAGGCACUACUGGUGGAGAAUUGAGCAUAUUUGAUGUACAUCGCCGCAAGGCAUUAAAAGUGGAGGCUCCGCCCAGCGACUGCAACGCAAUAUCGUGCCUCGCGUGGAAUGCUGCAAACGAAGAUGAGUUGGCCUUUUGCGAUGCCACAGGUCAACUAGGCACUUUAUUUAUGGGCGAGGAACUGACGGAAGACAAUGUCGAUGAUGGGGAAACUGCAGCAGAAGAUCUGUUUGGGGAUAUGGAAUUCACAAACGACAAUGAAGCAACUGAGGCGGCCGAUGACGAUGGUGAUGGCGUUAGUCUUGAACAGUUAAAACGCAAGGUCAUGAACAACGCCACAUCCUAUUCCAUAAAAGAUGGGGCUGCCCUCCAUGAUCCAGACGAUGAGCACUCCAAGUGUUCGUUGGCUUCGAGCGUCGCUCAAGUGGGUUUAGCAUCCAUGCCCAAAUUGUUUAAGCAACAAGUAGCCUUUCAGCCCAGUUCGACUCCCAGUGAUUUGGAGCACCGCUACUUAGCAUGGAACGAUGUUGGCAUUGUAACUGCCCACACAGAUCCAUCUGGAGAUGGUGCCAUAGACGUCGAGUUUCAUGACGCCAGUGUCCAUCAUGCACUUCAUAUCAGCAACUAUAAUCAACACAAUCUAGCUAGCUUAAGUCGCAGCGCUCUUGCUCUGGCUUCCACAGAUUCCAGUAAACUGGUGGUGAUAGCUUUAGCUGCUGCCGGCAACAAGGAGUGGUCGCUAAAUCUGCCCGACUGUGAGUCUGUAGAGGCACUGCUGGCAACAAACAAAUUGAUUGCGGUUGCAACAAGCUCCCAUUUUCUUCGUCUCUUCAGCGUCAUGGGUACUCAACGCGAGGUAUUGAGCAUUCCCGGGCCAGUGCUGGCGCUGGCCGGACAUGAGAAUAGCUUGAUCGUAAUUUACCAUAGUGCUUCACCUAGCCAAACACAACAGCAUCUGGCAGCUAUGCUAAUCAAUGUGAACGGCUUGAGUUUGCGCGUCCAGCAGUUACCGGUGCCACUCACUCCAGGUCGGCAGGUCACCUGGUUGGGCUAUAGUGAUUGUGGUUCGCCCGUAUUUGGCGAUAACAUGGGCUUGGUACAACUCUACCGUCAGCAAAGCAACGCCUGGUUCCCCAUUUGCGAUAUGAUGAAACAGGCUAUGAGCGUGUCUCACAAUUAUUUCAUCAUUUCAGUGUCCGAGCGAAGUCAGAUUAUUCAGGCGGUUCUAUGUCGUGGAACGUCCUACCCUAUGACCAAUCCGCGGCCCAUGCUGCAGGAGCUGCGCUUGCAACUGCCAUUAUGCGACAUUGAGGUCGAGAAAUCGGAGCAGGAGGAUCUCCUCGUACGUGCUAGCAUUAUGGAUAUCGAAGGCGCCGAAAAGUUGCAAAAGGAAGCGGCUAUCAAACUUUUUGCACUGGCGUGUCGCAGCGAGUGCGAGACCCGCGCUAAAGAGUUGAUCGAGUCCAUUGCGUGCACCGAGCUGCUGCAGCUGGCCGUCAAAUAUGCCUCCAAGCUGGGACGCAUUCAUCUGUCGGAUAGACUAUGUGAGUUAGUUCCGCAACUAGAAGCGGUUCAGGAGGCACGUAAGCAACAACAACUACUAGGUGUCAAUGGUAUAUCGGCCACCAUUGUGAUACCAGCCACGCCCACAUCUCUAAAUGCCACAACUACAAAAUUGGCACCCAAAGCAAUGGAGCUGAGCGGCUCUAAGCGUAACACUCUAAAACGCUUCUCCAACUCGCCCAAUCUCUUCAAGGCGGUGGCUCGGCCUUCAACUCCCGAGCCGCUGCCGCUAGAUACGCAGGAGAAUAUAUUUGGUGAAUCGGAAUUACAGUCGACCAAUGAAGUACCAGAGCAACGCACGCCACUUAAUUCUGUUAAUCCAUUUGCCAUGAAACGGAAACUGGCCGAUAAGGGCGUCAUAUUUGGCUCGGAGAAACUAAAAUUGGCGAAAAAAUGAGAUUCAAUUAUGUUAAGGUUUUAUGUUUAAAAGAUUUUAUGUAUUUGCUUUUCGAGAAUAAUUAAACCGUAAUUUUAAACAGA